GCCGGCGCCGCCCGCUGGCGGCGGGCCCGCGCGCCUGUGGCGCGCGGCCCCCGCGGCCGCGGCCGCGGCAGGCGCGGCCGCGCCCGGGGCGCGGGCGCGCGCGGGCCUGGCGCAGGGGGGGCGCCGCCGCGUGGAGCAGCCAGCUCCUGGCACGGGGGCGGACAAGCUGGAGCGCUUCCUCAGCAAGGCGGGCGCGCUGAGCAGGACGCAGGCCAGGACGAGGGUGCAGCAGGGCGACGUGCAGGUCAACGGCCGGCAGGUCCUGGACCCCUGGCACAUGGUGCGCCCGGGCGUGGACGUCGUGGAGGUUGCGGGUCUGGGCGCGGUGCAGCUGCCAGACUGGGAGGAGGUGCCUCCCACCGUGGUGCUUUUCAACAAGCCCGCGGGCGUGAUGGUGACGCUCAACGAGAGCGACCCCUGGCUGCGCGACAAGCACCUGCCCCUGAACCACGCGCUGCCGCAGCCGUGGCGCGACCUCCUCGCCCCUCACGUGCCCGCGCUCAGACCCGUCGGGCGGCUCGACCUGGCCAGCGUAGGGCUCCUGUUGCUGACGGACUCGUCGCACCUCGCCGCGACGCUGACGACCCCAGGCAACUGCGACAAGGAGUACCUGCUGAGGGUCUCACCGGCGCCUACGGAGACGGGGCUGCGGCAGCUCCGCGAGGGCGUGCACAUCAACGACGGCAACGCCAGCAGAGGGAAGACGCAGGCCUGCGACGUGGCCGUGGUCGAGAGCAGCGCCGACGGCGCCGUGCUGCGCUUCAGGAUCUCCGAGGGCCGCAACAGGCAGCUGCGGCGGAUGUGCAGCGCCGUCGGCUUGAAGGUGCAGUGGCUUCUGCGCACCCGCGUCGGCCCGGUGAAGCUGGGAUCGCUGCCGCUGGGCGGGGCCCGGGAGGCCACUGCGGAGGAGCAGCCAACUCUCCUGCGCUGCAGCGGGAGGGGCACGCAGGAGGAAGAUGGAGCGCAUAAGCAUAUUAGUCGGAGGUCUGCGUGGAUGUCUUGGAUCGGCGCUGGGAUCCCAUGGCGGUGCCUCCGGCGCCGCCCCAGGCGCGCCCCGCCUUCGGGGAGCAAAUCCAAGAACUUCGUGCGCGGACCUCUGACUGCUUAUGUUCAAGCUGUCCUUCUUUUCAGCAGGGCUCCGAUCCGUGGGAUCGUAGCUGGUUUGAGACGUCCGGUUUGAAACGCAACACAUGCCGUGCUCAACACGUACGUGUCAAUACGUUCCGUGUUGGCUCGGCGUAGUGGCCAACGCUUUGGCGAGGUAUCGCGUCAGAUCUACGCUUUCAGCGCUCGAGAGAAGGAGGAAGUCG